GUGUCCCCUGGUCACCUUAGGGAAAAGUACAGCUCGUGUGCUACACUAUUUGUAGACAGCACUAUUUCUCAGCCUGAUUUGAAAGUCACCUUGCAGUGCCUGGCAUUAGCAAUAUAUCAUCACAUAAGGAACAGAGAUGCAAAUAGAUCCAAGGACAUUUUUGAUGAGAGGAUCCAUCCUUUCACACAGAACACGGUUCAGGAGGAGCACUUUACACACAAUCCUGACCCUGAAUCUAUUUACCGAUUUAUUCACCCGUUUUUUAUCUCUAUAAGUGUAACAGCCGGUUACGCAAUAUCAACUUUGAUUUACAUAGAAAGACUUUUAACAUAUGCUGAAAUCGACAUUUGCCCAACUAACUGGAAACGAAUUGUUUUUGGCGCCAUUGUUCUGGCUUUCAAGUAUUGGCACGAUCUGGAUAUAUCAACUUCGAUAUUCUGUCGAAUCUGCAAGGGCAUUACAGCCAAGGACUUAAGUGAAUUGGAAAGGCAAUACUUUUAUCUACUACAGUUUAGUCUUAAUAUUUCUCUCAGUGUCUAUGCCAAAUACUAUUUUGACCUUCGGUCCUUAGCAAGUGACCACGGAUUGCCUAUUGCAUUUGCUCCUCUUGGAAAAGAAAGAGCACUGAACCUAGAGGCCAUUUCCAGAUAUUGUGAAAACAAAAACCUGUGCAGGGUGGCCAUAAAAAAAUCUGGCAGCUGUGCUAACCUAACUGAUGUGCAGCAUGGCCAUGCCAUCUUAUCUUAA